GGGAGGAGGAGGAGGAGGACAUUUUGCGUGUCGGCUCGGCCGCCCCCACCGCCCACUGCGGCCAGCAUCGCCGCAGUGGAUAUCGGCGCCCGCCGGCGCGCAACGCCGAGGAGGGUGAGGCGAGGCGGGAGGAGCGAGGAGGAUGAGGAGGAAGACGAGGAGACACAUGGGGGAGGCCCGUGCCCUGAAAGGGUGCGGCCGGGCCGGGGCGGCGGGGCCCUGGCGGCAGGCGCCCAUCAUCCCGCGGGAGGCGUGGCCGAGCUGGCCGCCCCUUUCGCGCCACCGCGCGUCACUCCGCGACCUCGGCGAGGUGGGACCAGUGGCCCUGGCAGAGCUCGUCGUCGCUGUCCUCGCCGCUCGGGCAGCGGAACGUCUGCAGCUUGCCGGCGGCGCGCCUCGUCUCCGGCGCGCCCUGCCCCCCGGCGCAGCUCCCCGGCCCGCCGCGGGCGAGCAGGGCCGCGCACGGGUCCCGCCUUUCCGGCGUCGUCCUCGUCGGCGCCCUCCUCCUCCGGCACGUACCAAACCUCGCGGGAACCGUGUCUGCCGCAUCUUGAAAGUAAUGACAUGUUAUGCACAUGCAAGGUCCGUCGGAUGUGUCGCGUGAAGAGUUCGCUCUCACGGGGGGGGCGCGUGCGUGAGGACAGGGAGCCGAGAACAUGUUUAGUUCACGUAGCCUUAUUAGGCUCGUCGAUCCUCCAAGCCCACGACUGCCCGACGACAGCCCCGCGACGGCAUCGUAGAGCAUUGGGGGCGCGGACGCCGUGGAGGCCCUGAGCAGUCCCUGGGAAGCCCCUGGCACCCCCCCGCCUGGGGGGGCGGCCCGUAUGACCCGCCGCUCGCGCGAUUACAACCAGGUGCUCU